GCUUUCUAUUAUGCUCCAGGACAGUCCUCUGCUCAUUGGGGAUAUACUAAAGCAGGUGUCGGUGAUGUCUUUACUAUCCAGGGACAUAGUACAUGUCCAGACAAUGUGUCACUACCAACAGUCAUAUCAACUGGUCCCGGAUGUUGGUACAAAGGUUCACUUUAUCACCAAGGAGACAACUGGGAAGAUGGUUGUGACUACAACUGUACCUGUGAUGAUGAACAAAGUGGAAAUUUUUCAUGUGAUGCUCUUUGUCCUGUGUAUGACCAUCUGCCUUGGAUAUGUAGUGUUGUUAUACCAAACGGUCAAUGUUGUGGUCAUGUUGAAUGUGUUCAAUACCCUAUACCUACUAAACCUAGCAAUACCUGUGCUUACAAGGGACAAUAUUAUGGACAGGAUGACACAUGGAUUGAUGAUUGUAAAUACAAAUGUGAAUGUCUUCAAGCAAAUCUAGGAUUCUAUAGAUGUAA